AAGAAGUGAACGCACAAAAAACGUUCAUCAAAAAAAUGACUAUAUACGCACAAAAUCGAUCACAUUUCGUAGAAUAGUGUUGAAACGUGUAAAGCCGUUAUAUUCAUACAUGUAAAAUCAAAAGUGUUUUGUUAAAAAAUUAGGAAGAAAAAUGAGUGAAAGUGAUUCUGGAAAAGACAGUCCCUGUCUGGAGUUCAGCAGACCAAAACCCACUUUCUUCCAUCCAAAGAUAUUGGACAAUGACAGAAAUACCGCACUUCACUACGCAGCAGCCAGGGGAGAUGACGAAUCGGUGGUUGAAUACCUGGAGAAAAACUCUACAACUGUCGACCCAGAAAAUUACCUGGGAUGGACUCCGCUAAUGAUGGCCUGCAGAAGGGGACAUCUAUCCACCGUCAAAAUUCUUCUUGAUUACAGAGCCAACGCAACUUUAUAUAAUAAAUAUGACAUGAACGUGCUACAUCUCUGCAUAGCCAGUGGAAAUUUGAAACUUGUCGAGUUGAUGCUGGAACAUCUUCUAACUGGAGGAAUAUCUAGAAGAAUUUUGGAACGAAAUUUUUCAACGAUUUCAUUGGCAAUAUUAUUUCAGCAUCAUAGCAUUUUAGAAUUUUUAAUGAAGAAAGAAUUUGUGAUCGAUCUUCCCACAGAAAUUACAAAGAUUACGCCGCUGAUGUUCGCUCAAGCAAUAGACAACUCGCCCGCAAUCUCCCUCCUCCUCCAGAACAAGGCGGACACAAAAACCAAGAACUACCUAGGCCACACAGCCGUUGACAUCGCAAUUAUUCGACAACAGUUAAAGUUCAUCAAUCCCGACCACAAAUUUGUGAUGAGCGCUGCGCAAAUCGAACAACAGCAACAACAACAGAGCAGACAGCAGCAACAGACCGAAACUCAAAACCAGAACCUCAAAGACAUGUUGCAAGGAAAGGGAUUGAAGAAGCAGGUCAUGUUACAACCCUCGGCUUCGGUAAAUCAAGUGCCUGUUAUUAUGCUUACUCCUGAAAUGUUUAAUAGCCCGAUGACAUACGUAGCCUCACCGAAUUUACCUAUGGCAAUGAGGAAGUCUUCGAACGUAAGUCCUAUGGACGUACCUCCACCUCCUCCUGUCACUCCGAUAACUCCGAUGACGUUUGCUUUUCCAACAAGACAGGUAUUUUUUCCACCUGAGUUUUCGCCAUGCGGAAUAGCCUACCAAGGAUCGUCUGUGGACGUUUUUAAUAAUGAUUUGUUAAAUUCUAGAAUUAAUUCUUCGACGGGAAUGAUUUACUCGCCGACGGUUUUCAGUUUUUUGUCACCAAGAAUGUAAUUUUCGAUAUUUUAUUUUGUUAACUUUUGAUGAGAAUGUGAACCUAUGUUUAUGUAUUUGUUGCUUUUAUAUUGUUUAUUGUAAUUAUGCUGACUAUUUUUUCUCUGAUAAAUAUAUUAUCCUUUAUUAUGACAAUUAUAAAUUUCUUAACAUUUUA